AUUCGACAAAACUUUAGUGUGUCUCCGUCUAACCUGAAAUCGUUAGUACAUUUUCUAAUUAUGCACAAAGCACAACCAAAGUAGAGCAGGCUAAAUUAAAGUAGUAUAUUUUUUGUGUGAGAUAUUGUAAGAAAAAAAUAAAGCAGGUAUGUCUAAUAUCAGAACUUAUGGGGCUCAGGUGCCAACACGUUGUUAUAAAGCGAAGGAAAUUGAGCGUCUGUUCGAUGAGGGCUAUCGCAUGAUCUGUUCUUUGACGGAAAACAUUAAGUGCUUUAACUUUGGCGUGAAAGCCAUACUCUCAUCAAAAAUCAGUAGAUAUGGGCAGCCAGGAAUAAAGCCACCGAUAGAUUAUAUGUUGAAUCGUCUUCAUAUUGAUUUUGAAGUAGGCAAAUUGUAUCGCUGUUGCAAAGACUUGGAGAGAGAUUUGGCCAGUAUUGAAGAAGAAAUAUUUGCGACUAGAUUGAAUAAUAGUAACGGCUUCAAAUCAUUGUUUGGUAGCAUCCUCGAGGAUGACUCCGUUGGAAGUAAACACGAAAGUAGUCAUUGCCAGGCCAUCCUGGACAAAUCUCAACAUGAUCUUCCCAGCCAUGGAGUCGCAGCGUCAAAAGCCAAAUAUAAGGAGGAUUCAAGUUUAAAGUGUCCGGUAUGCCUGGAGAAAUUGAAGAAACGGGAGCCCAAGUCAACCAGAUGUGGCCACAUCUUCUGCAGCGAAUGCAUCGAAACUGCCCUUGAAUUUUCGCACAAGUGUCCUGUCUGUAAAAAGCGGCUUUUGAAAAAACAUGUUUUUAGAAUAUAUCUUUAAUGCUCUCAUAA